UUGUUGCGUUACUUCAAGCGCAUAUUCAACUGAAGAAUAACAAUUAAAAAGUUCAAACACUAUAUAAAUAAUUCUAAAAUUUGCGUAAAGAUUGAAAUAUUCCAAACUUUGUGCUUAAUUCGCUUCUGCUCCGGCCUACUCUUUAGUUUCUGUGAUCACCUGAAAACUUCGUUAAUUAUUUGUAAAUUUUCUCUUGAGAUCAGUUAAUUUGACUAUGUGGCUUCUUUUUCUCUAUUUCAUUCAUAUCACACAAUAUGUUAGGGUUUGAGUUUGGUUUUGGGUUGUUUUAGUGUACAAUAGUCUUUCUUAUUGAUGGUUGUGGGCUAUUACAAUGUUUUUUUUUUUUCUAUCAGGUUUGAGUGUACCGGAGAAUUGAGUUUGCAUCAUUAUUGCGUUUGCUGAUUCUGCACAAUGAGUAAUGUGUUCCACGAAUACGAUCGGCAAUAUAGAGAGCUCUCAGUAAAUCUUUCAAAGAAGUGUUACUUGGCUUUUUCACUCAAAGGAGGAGAGAAGAAGGAGAAGCUGUCUGAAAUAACAUCUGAUCUGGAAAAUGCAGAAAAAUUGAUUUGGAAAAUGGAUCAUGCAGCAAGUAACCUUCCACCCAAUAUUAAAUCCAUCCUCCUUGAAAAAUUAAGGGAAUCUAAAUCUAGUCUAAAAAGAUUUAAGAGUGAUAUCAAGAGGAACACAUCUGAAAACUUGAAUGUUACUACUCGAGAAGAAGUUCUUGAAGCUGAAAAGGCGGAUUCAGCUGAUCAAAGAUCAAGAUUGAUGAAAUCAACCGAGGGUUUGGCUCGAACAAGAGAGAUAAUUAAGCAGAGUCGAAGAAAAAUGAUGGAGACCGAAAACAUUGGUAUUUCAAUACUCGAGAACUUGCAAAGUCAGAAAGAGUCUCUCCAACGCAGCCAAUCUAUGCUUCAUGAGAUAGAUGACAAUGUCAAAGAGUGCCAGUCAAUAGUGACAACCAUUAAGAUCAAGGAAUUUUUUACAAUGGCUGCUGCACCAAUUGUUAUGUUCGCUUUAAUCUUAGUAAAACUCGCCAAGUAAGCCUAUGGGCUUCCUAACUUAAUCUCAGCUGGCUCUGAACAAUUGUUGUGUUCGCUUGUGAAUCUUGGAUUUAUUCUUGUACAUGUGUGUGUGUCUGUGAAGUUCUGUCUUUUGCCUCAUGUUGUAAUCUUGUAUUCAAAUGGGCAAAUGGGGUGGUUCACCAGAUCAAUGUGAAUAUAAGAACAUAUAAAUAAAUAACUAUAAUAAUAUUAACCGACAUAACAGUACUUUCCUACAUGUUGAGCCGAAGUUGAUUUUUGAUUUUGUACUAUAUCUUAGCUGUCAAUAAAGAAAGAACAAAAAGUUAGAACGACACAUUUAAUUGGAAAAUCAUAUAAAAUGU